CGACAACUUCAAAACCAUUCCUGCCGAUUCGAGUAACUACCAAAUUGAGCCUUUGUGUAUCGGUGCUGGAUUCUUCACAAAUUCUAUAAUUUUUAUCCAAAUACCAGGCAACCCCUUUUGAAAAUGAUUCGCAAGUUCGUGACCCAGCUGCUCUACGGAACGGCCCUUCUGACCCCGAUGCUGGUGACUCCCACGGUCACCCUGCAGCUGCACUUGGGCAGCCAGGAGUCGGCCACGGCGACGUUCCACUACGCGGGAUUCCUGUGUCCCGCCGCCGUGUGCCUGGUGCUGACCGCCAUGGCGAUGUCGCCCUACCUGGUCAUCCUGAAGCGCUGGCAACCGAAGCACCCGAGGAUUUUCUUCCUGGCAAUGCUGCUGCCCUACAUCCUGGUUUGCUGCACCAAGUUCGCGCUCAACGUGAGGCUGCAGCUGCAUGCGAUCUUCCACGUGUCGGAUGAAAGCCGCCAGAACCACCUGAUGUUCUCCUUGGCCAUGUACUGUGGCAUGUUUGGCUUGGCUGUGGAACUGAUGCUCCACUGGAUCGUUGUCUACUACUUAAUGAUUGAGGACAUUGAGAUGAAGUGGAUAACUGAGAUUCUGUUUGACGAGUUUCAUUAUUAAAAUUGCUUCCAUUUGUCGUGCCUAAUAUUAUUACAA